AUGUCCUCCCCCGACUCCCCUGUCCUCGGGUCCGACGACAAGAAAUGGACGGCCAAGGCGCUCCUCCGGCAUGCCGAGCGCUCGCAUAGUCGGCUGCCGGGGAUCCGCAAGGUGCCUCUGCGCUCGAUUGCGGUGAUAUUGCUUGUGGCGUGCGUCAAUGUUGUUGUUUGGGUUGCUGUCGCGAUUGUUUUGCGAUAUCACUCAUCGCUUGUCUCGAAUGCUGUGCUCGCGUAUACACUGGGUCUGCGACAUGCCUUUGACGCAGACCACAUCUCGGCCAUCGACCUCAUGACCCGCCGCCUCCUCGCAACGGGCCAGAAACCCGUGACGGUCGGCACGUUCUUCUCGCUCGGCCAUUCCACCAUCGUCAUCAUCACUUCGAUCGUGGUCGCCGCGACGGCGGCAGCGGUCUCCUCGCGCUUCGACAAGUUCAGCACGGUUGGCGGGAUUAUUGGGACCUCUGUCAGCGCGGCAUUCCUCAUCCUGCUAGGCUUCAUGAACGCGUAUAUUCUGUAUAAGCUGUAUAAGCAGAUGCAGAAGGUGCUGGAUUUGCCUGAGGGGCAGGAAGACGAGGCGUGGAAGAUUGAGGGCGGGGGCGUGCUGUUUAGGGUGUUGAAGAGGAUGUUUAAGUUAAUUGAUCGACCGUGGAAGAUGUACCCGCUGGGCAUACUGUUCGGACUGGGAUUCGACACCUCGUCUGAGAUUGCGCUGCUUGGAAUCUCGUCUAUUGAGGCCGCGAAGGGGACUUCAUUCUGGGUUAUUCUUAUCUUCCCUAUUUUAUUCACAGCCGGAAUGUGCCUCCUCGACACCACCGACGGAGCCCUAAUGCUCGCGCUCUACGUGCAACCAGCCACAAACUUCCUCCCACCAAAGCGCACCGACUCAACAACCUCGCAAGGACCCCUCAUAGACGCCGCCGCAAACCCCGACACCGAAUCAAACCCCGAAGACCCAAUCACCACUCCCCAGAACCACCGCGACCCCGUCGCCUUCCUCUACUACUCCAUCGUGCUGACCACGCUGACCGUAAUCGUGGCCAUCAUCAUCGGCGUCAUCCAACUCCUCACCCUCAUCCUGAACGUGGCCGAACCCACCGGCCGCUUCUGGGACGGCGUGCAGACGGCCGGUGACUACUACGACGUUAUCGGUGGAGGCAUCUGCGGUGCGUUCUUGGUGUUUGGGACGCUCAGUGUGUUUGUUUAUAAGCCUUGGAGAAGGUGGGUCGGGAAGAGACAUGGCAAGGGUGUUGAUCCUGCGGCUUUUAGCGGGGAUGGAGCUUACAGGGAUGAGCCUUUUGGGGCUGAAGCUGGGGCGUCGAUUCCUAGGGUUGAUACGCCGUUGAAUGAGGGGUCGAGUGUCAAGUAUGGGACUCAACCCACAAUGUCAACAACCACAGCAUCUCCCACACCGUCCGACCCAGACCAAGGCCUCGAAACCGAUACAAAUCCGUCGACUGCAGGCGCUGGACUAAGCUUGUCAGAAUGCCCGCCUAUAUUCGUCCUCCCGACCCAUCUUGACAUCGAAGCGCUCCACCAAGCAGAGGAAACGCUAUCCCAGCACGGCGCGCGCUUGACCUACGAUGUCGCGGAGGCGACCUUGAUCCUUGGAAAAAUUGGACAGAAGAAGCGAGCUGCGUUGGAGUUGAGGUCGAGAGGGGUUUGGACGGAGGAGGUGGAGAGUACAACUAUCUCGCAAUCGUCUCAACCUACAGGCCCACCUGCGAAACGGAGACGGGUUGGGGAUGCAAAGAGCAAAAAUGCGGCGGAUGAGAUAUACCUGAGUACGGAGGAUGAGAGUGAGGAGGACGGGAUCCGUGGGAAGCGGCCCACGGCGCAUCUGGAGCAUCCGCAGCGGUCAAAGUCAAAGGGCGAUCCGGUGUCGAGUGUGCCAGACCUAUGCGGGAAGGAAGAUGGGGUAAUUAGGGUUGUGCGGCUGGACUGGUUGAUGCAGUGUGUCGAGGCGCAGAUGCUUCUACCGCUUGGUCCGUUUGUGGUGUAUCACGCGCGCAAAAUCGAGCGGCCGGCGACAAAAAGCGAUAAGGAUGCUGCGAACUCGCAGGCUAUACUCGACCGCGCGAAACAAGACGCCGCGUUCAAGGUCCCAUAUCCUCCGUCCAGGCACAGACUUGACGGGCUGUCCAGUCACCACCCACCUCCAAAGCUAUACCGGACAACAACGUCCGAGAACGAAGAAGCAGAGCCCUUACCCCCGCCGCCGGACUGGGUUCGUGACGGUGUGAUGUACGCUUGCAUGCGCUCUGCGUUCCUUAAUACUCCCAACAAGGGUUUCAUUGACCAGCUCAUCAAAAUUCGUACAAUCCGCGAGCUGAAUCUUGAUGAGAUUGGUGUACGUGCAUACAGCACCGCCAUCGCCGCAAUAGCAGCAUAUCCCCACGAAAUCAGACGCGGGUCUCAGAUUCUGUCUUUGCCAGGGUGCGAGGCGAAAAUCGCCAACCUCUUUGCUGAAUUCAAGGCUUCUGAAUCUGGUACCCUCAGUGCAGCCGAGGCCCUCGAUACAGAUCCCGACCUGCGCACCCUGCACACAUUCUACAACAUCUGGGGCGUGGGCUCCAAAACCGCGCGAGACUUCUACUACGCGAGACAAUGGCGCGAUCUCGACGACAUCGUAGAGCACGGCUGGACCUCUCUUUCCCGCGUGCAGCAGAUCGGCGUGAAAUACUACGACGAGUUCCUCCUCGACAUCCCCCGCUCCGAAGUCGAAGCCAUCGGCAAAAUCAUCUGCCAGCACGCGAACUCCCCGGCCGUCCGCCCAACCGCCCAAUACGACGGCCACGGCGUGGAAUGCAUCAUCGUCGGCAGCUACCGCCGCGGCAAGCCCGUCUCCCACGACGUCGACAUCAUCCUCUCCCACCGCGACGAAGCAAUCACGCACAACCUCGUCGUCGACGUCGUCGCGUCCCUGGAAUCAGACGGCUGGAUCACACACACCCUAGCCCUCCACCAAACAACCUCAAACCGCAACCAGCAGACCCUCCCCUACCGCGGCGACACCGACGAGCGAAGCCAUUUCGACACCCUCGACAAAGCGCUCGUCGUCUGGCAGACACCGAGCGACAAACUCGGCCCCGAGAACAAGGAUAACCCGCACCGCCGCGUCGACAUCAUUAUUUCCCCCUGGCGCACCGUCGGCUGCGCGGUUCUGGGCUGGUCCGGCGAUACGACGUUUGAGCGGGAUCUGCGGCGGUAUGCGAAGAAGGCGCAUGGGUGGAAGUUUGAUUCCAGUGGGGUGAGGGAGCGUGUUACCGGCGGCCAGGUUAUUGAUCUUGAGGCUGGGGGUGGGACGUGGCAGGAGAGGGAGAGGAUGGUUAUGGAGGGGUUGGGGGUGGGUUGGAGGCCGCCUACGGAGAGGUUGUCAGAUGAUUGUAUUUUAGGAGUUCCAGUGGAGGCUGGCUUUCCUCAAGAAUCUUCCUCCGCCAGGUCCCGCCGUCCUCUUUUCCCAGGGCCCCGGCCGUCCUCUUCUCGUGCUUCCUCUGACUCGUUCUCUCCUCUUCUUCUAUCUCCAAUGUUCUUUACUUCAUGGAAAACCUCACUCAACGCCUGUCGACCUGUCUCCCUCGAUUCGCCAACUUCGCGAAAUAUGCCAGACCCCUCCAUCACCUUCGGAGUCAUCCACCAAGGCGAGGUCAUAUUCAAGCAAAGUGUCGGCCAUCGAGAUUCCGACUUCAGCAGCCCCCCACCGGACGCAGACACACUGUACAUGAUCGGCUCGUGCUCCAAAAUGUUCACCUCAGCCGCCGUGGGGAUACUCGUCGACGAGGGGAUAUUACACUGGAAAGAUCCGAUAGAAAAGUACACCCCCGAUUUCAACCCUGAAGAGGACGCCCGCAUUGGCAAAGAGGCUGAUAUCAUCGACUGCCUACGCCACAGCACCGGUCUUACUGAUUCAGCAAUGCUCAUGUUUGGUCCUCACGGACCAAUCUCACGGAGGAAGACCUAG